AUGGCUAGCCAAGAGGAUCCCAGCGGCGCCGUCGCUCCUUACCCCCAGCCGCCGUCCUAUCUCUGGAGCCAGUUCACAGAAGAAAACGAAGCGGCCAUACAAGAACUGCGUGAGACGCACGCCGCAGCCACAGGCGAGAAGACCACAGCUGCGACCAUUGUACCAGAUGUGCCCGAGGCAUUGGCUGCCCUGCAGCCUCCAGAACCACCGCCAAACGGCCGCUGGCGCGUCUUCGGCCAAAUGUAUACGUUGAACAACCAGCUCCCGUCCCUCGAGGAGCAGGGCGUCGCCCGCCUCGGCGCUGCCAUCCCGACGGCGUCCGCCGAAAAGGACGCGCACGCCAGCAAGGUCUUUGAGCUCAAGAAGCUCGCCAAGUCGCUGCUGCUCAACUUUCUCGAGCUCGCCGGCAUCCUCGCCAUCCACCCGGCCGACGCCGCCGACAAGCUCGCCGACCUGCAGACCAUCUUCUUCAACAUGCACCAGCACAUCAACGAGUGGCGCCCGCACCAGACCCGCGAGGCCCUCAUCUCCAUGCUGCAGGCCCAGCUGGAGCGCACGCGCAACGAGACACGCGCGCUGCACGAGGUCACAGACAGCGUGCGCAAGACGCUGGUCGGGCUGGCCGAUGUGGAGGACCCGUUGGCAAAGAAUGGUGCAGAGGCCCGGCCUCGGUCGCAACAAGCAAAAACAGAUUCAUUACUGGCACCCGCAGCACGAACAGCAGCGGAGGCGGAACGGAGGCGGCAAGAAGACGCAUGGGCCGCAUUGGACGAGACGUUUGGAUAA